UCGUUAUAGAGAUCGAGGCGCGAGGGCCGGUCGAUACACAGGAAUCCUUACAGCGCAUACGAUACAACAGCCAGAGACAUCAUUCAUACUGUGAACACUGAAUAGUGACAUCCCUCCACGACUCAUAUGAACAAACACAAACAAUCCCCUCUGGAUUGAAGACCUGACUUCGGAAGCUUCGCCGUUUUUGUUUUUUAAUACCUCGAAGUCUGUGGAUUGUCUCCAGCAGCCGCCCGCCAUGCCGAGCGUCGUGAACGGCAGUCGCGGAGGGUCCGGCGAGGACAUCGUGCUGACGGGUCUGUCGGGUCGUCUGCCGGAGUCCGACAACAUCGAGGAGUUCGCUCGGCAGUUGUUCGACGGAGUGGACCUCGUCACCGCCGAUGACAGGAGAUGGACACCCGGAUUACACGGGUUACCGGAGAGAAAUGGUAAAUUGAAAGAUCUCGUACAUUUCGAUGCCACGUUCUUCGGAGUCCACGCGAAACAGGCGCACCUCAUGGACCCGCAGCUGCGACUGCUGCUGGAGCUGACCCACGAGGUGAUGGUGGACGCCGGCCUCAACCCCAGCGAGCUGCGCGGCUCGCGGACCGGCGUGUACGUGGGCGUGUCCAACUCAGAGACGGAGGAGCUGUGGACGGCCGACCCCGACAAGAUCAACGGAUACGCGCUCACCGGCUGCUGCCGCGCCAUGUUCCCCAAUCGCAUCUCCUACACCUUCGACCUGAAGGGACCGUCGUUCGCGGUGGACACGGCCUGCUCCAGUUCUAUGUUCGCUCUCGCCCAGGCCGUGAACGCGAUGCGCGCGGGUCAUUGUGACGCUGCGGUCGUGGCCGGCACUAACCUGUGCCUGAAACCGGCCAAUUCUCUGAACUUCCACCGUCUCAGUAUGCUGUCGCCGGAGGGUCGCUGUGCCGCUUUUGACGCGAGCGGUGUCGGCUACGUGCGUUCGGAGGCGGCAGUCGCUGUACUGCUUCAACGCCGGGGCGCCGCUCGCCGGGUGUACGCGACGGUCCGUGGAGCUCGCACCAACACAGACGGACACAAAGUUCAAGGCAUCACAUUCCCUUCGGGUGAUAUGCAGCGUUGUUUGGCACAGGAGACCUUCGCCGAGGCGGGACUCCGCCCUCAGGAUGUGGUGUAUGUUGAGGCUCACGGAACGGGGACUAAGGUCGGCGACCCCCAAGAGGUGAAUGCCAUCGCGGAACUGUUCUGCAAGGAUCGGAAGACACCGUUGUUGCUGGGGUCGGUGAAGUCCAACAUGGGGCACUCGGAGCCGGCGUCGGGGCUCUGCUCCAUCGCCAAGGUGAUCGUGGCCAUGGAGCGCGGUGUGCUGCCGGCUAACCUUCACUAUUCGAAUCCCAAUCCAGACAUUCCCGCUCUCAGCGACGGACGCAUAAAGGUCGUCGAUCGCAACACGACUUGGGAUGGCGGGUUGGUCGCCCUGAACUCGUUCGGAUUCGGCGGGGCGAACGCUCAUCUUAUCCUGGAGUCUGAGCGCGGCGUGCGACCUUCAGCGGCGUCGUACUCCGUGCCUCGCCUGGUGGUGGCGUCGGGUCGCACGGAGGAAGCGGUGCGGGACCUCCUAGCGCUGGCUGCCGAACACCCGCGCGACGCCGAACUGCACGCUCUGAUGGACGCUGUUCACGCUCACAACAUUCCCGGACACGGCUACCGAGGUUUCCGCCUGCUCGCCGACCCGCCUAUGGAGGAGAUCACCGAAACUGAGAGCGAGCCCCGGCCCGUGUGGUUCGUGUUCUCCGGUAUGGGGUCGCAGUGGUCCGGUAUGGCCCGGUCGCUGCUCCGCCUGCCGGUGUUCGCGAGCAGCGUGCAGCGCUCGGCGGCCGCCCUCAAACCUCACGGCGUCGAUCUGGUCCACGUCAUCUCGGAGGCGCCGGACGCAGCCUUCGACGACGUGAUCAUGUCUUUCGUUUCGAUCGCUGCCGUCCAGGUGGCGCUGGUGGACGUGCUCCGAGCCGUCGGCAUUAAACCUGACGGUAUCGUCGGACACUCCGUAGGCGAAAUAGGUUGCGCGUAUGCCGACGAGACGCUCACGGCGGAGCAGGCGGUGUUGGCGGCGUACUGGCGAGGACGCAGCAUCGUCGACGCUAAGCUGGCUCCGGGCGCCAUGGCUGCCGUGGGGCUGUCCUGGGAGCAGUGUGUGGAGCGCUGUCCGCCGGACAUCGUGCCCGCCUGUCACAACGCGGCCGACAGUGUUACGAUUUCCGGUCCCGUGGAGUCCAUCAAGAAGUUCGUGGCUACAAUAUCGGCGGAAGGCGUGUUCGCUCGCAAAGUGAACAGUUCCGGAGUGGCCUUCCACAGCAAAUACAUCGCAGCGGCCGCUCCCCUGCUGCGGCGCAGUCUCGAGCGCGUCAUCCCCGACCCCAAGCCCCGCUCUUCUCGCUGGGUGUCCUCCUCGCUACCCAAAGAUCAGUGGGGUUCGGACAUCGCGAAACUCAGCGACGCUUCUUAUCACGUGAACAACCUGUUGUCUCCGGUGCGGUUUGCGGAGGCGAUCCGCGAGGUCCCGGAGCGCGCCGUGCUGGUGGAGGUGGCGCCCCACGCUCUGCUACAGGCGGUCCUGAAGCGCGCUCGGCCGGCGCCGGUGGCCGCUCACGUGCCGCUCGUGCGCCGCGACGCUGCCGACGCUGCCACGCACCUGCUGUCGGCGUUGGGCCGACUGUUCGCGGCGGGAGCUCAGCCGCGGCCGGGCGUGCUGUACCCGCCCGUAUCUUGGCCCGUGUCUCGCGGGACGCCGACUCUCGCUUCCCGCGUGAAGUGGGACCACUCCAUCGAAUGGGACGUGGCUCACUACGGCACCGCUCGCUCCGGCGAGAAUGUCAUAGAGUACGACCUCUCGAGACCCGACGAUUCCUUCAUUUCUGGACAUAACAUCGACGGAAGAAUUCUCUUCCCGGCCACGGGAUAUCUGACGCUCGUCUGGAGAACGAUGGCUAAACUACAUAACAAAAAACCGGAAGAGACUCCCAUAGUAAUGGAAAAUGUUCAAUUCAAACGCGCGACUAUAGUGUCGCGAGAUGUCCCGGUGCGAUUCCUCAUCAAUGUGCUGGAGGGCAGCGGCGAGUUUGAGGUGUGCGAGGGAGGCGGAGUGGCCGUCACUGGGCUCGUGAGGCUGGCACACGACCCUGCCGCCGAGCGCUUGGCCCUCGACGACUCCACCGACCUCCGAGAGCCAGAGCUGCUGCCUCUCGUCUCCGACGACGUCUACAAAGAGCUACGGCUGCGAGGAUACAACUACGGCGGCAUCUUCCGCGGCAUCCUCGCGUCCGACCCGCGCGGUACGGCCGGCACUCUCGCUUGGAACGAUAACUGGAUCUCUUUCAUGGAUACGAUGCUACAAUUCGGCAUAAUCGGAGUAGACACCCGUGAAUUGUACUUGCCUACGCGACUUCAGCGGGCUCUGAUCGAUCCGGCGGCACAGAUGGCAGCCGUAGCAGCCGCCGGCAAAGGCGAGCUGCCCGUGCGCAUGCGCCGCGACGUCGACACCAUCUCUGCCGGCGGCAUCGAGUUCCGCGGCGUGAAAACGAGCUUGGCGCCUCGCCGCGCCAACCAGCAACCGGCACCGAAACUUGAGAAGUAUGUGUUUCUUCCCUACGACAAUGCCACCGUCUCCACGGAAGACACGACUCGAUCGAAGCGCGACGCACUUGCAGUGAGUCUUCAGCUGGUUUUAGAGAAUGCCGGUGCUUUGCGCCUUAAAGUGAUAGAGGCUGCACUGGAACGUCCCCCAGAGGCGUUACUGGCGCCAUUGGCGUUGGCUAUACUAGAUGGAGAACCGAUGGUGCGGGUGGAGGCCUCCCUCGCUGCCGGCGCCGCGUCCUCUUCUUACUCCGACGCUAUGAAAACGCACGGAGUCAAGGUCACUACGAAAGAUGCACGGAACGGUCCUCCCGAUGCGGACUGUCACCUUGUGCUGGCGUCUAAUGCUAUAAUAAGACAAGGAAAGGGCGUCUUGGAGAACUUGGCCGGGGCGCUCGGGGAUUCGGGCAUGAUUUUAAUGGAAGAGGCGCAGGGCGCGCUAGACGACCCCGCCGUCAAAAAGGCUCUCGAUGCGGCGGGACUGGUCGCCGCCGCCCGCCAGGUGGCGGCCAACUGCGAGUACCUACUUCUGCGACGCCGCAUUCAGCUCCCAUCCCAGCGCGUGGUACUGGAAGUCGACGAGGGCAACUCCUACGCCUGGGUAGACACGUUACGUGAUACCAUGAAGCGCGCCGAGAAUGAAGAUAUGCGCGUUUACGUGUGGUCCCGAGCUCCAUGCGCUGGGGUGAUGGGUCUGGCCACUUGUCUUCGCGGUGAAGCGGGAGGCCGAGCAUUACGCGUUUAUCAUUUGCCAGGUGUCAAAGAAAAGUUCGAUCCUGAAGCGAAGGCCUUCGCUGCCCAGGUGAAGCUGGACCUCGCAUUCAACGUGCUUCGCUCCGGUGUUUGGGGCUGCUACCGUCAUCUGCUGCUCACGGACGUCGCUGACGCCCAGCUACAGGUUGAGCACGCGUACGUGAACACGUUGACGCGCGGGGACCUGGCGUCUCUGCGGUGGAUAGAGAGUGAUCUGCGCUUGUCUAGUGCACGCCCAGCUAACCCCCGACGUGACUUGUGUCGCGUGUACUACGCGCCACUCAACUUCCGAGAUAUUAUGCUGGCCACAGGCAAGCUGCCCCCGGACGCUUUGCCUGGGAAUCUAGCUGGACAGGAUUGUAUUUUGGGAUUGGAGUUCAGCGGCAGGUCAUCCGACGGAAAACGAGUUAUGGGUAUACUGGCGGCGCGGGGACUGGCAACCACGGUCAUGGCCGACAAGGAUUUCAUGUGGGAGGUGCCCGCUAAAUGGUCCAUGGAAGAGGCGGCAACGGUGCCGGUAGCGUACGCCACUGCCUACUAUGCUCUAGUGGUGAGAGGCCGCAUGAAGCGUGGCGAAUCAGUGUUGGUGCACGCGGGCUCGGGCGGAGUGGGACAGGCCGCUAUAGCCAUCGCCUUACACGCGGGCGUCACCGUCUUCACGACGGUCGGCACUCCUGACAAACGCAAGUUCCUGUUGGAACGUUUCCCAGCUUUACUCGACGAGAACAUCGGCAAUUCGCGCGACUGCUCAUUCGAACAACUGGUGCAACGCCGCACUCGGGGUCGAGGCGUGGACCUCGUGCUCAACUCAUUGGCCGGAGACAAAUUGUUGGCCUCCGUGCGCUGUCUGGCUAACGGUGGCCGGUUCCUAGAGAUCGGUAAACUAGAUCUCUCCAACAAUACCGCGCUGGGUAUGAGCAUAUUCCUCAAGAACACGACUUUCCACGGAAUCCUCUUGGACGCUCUGUUCGACACGGCAGAGGAGAACGAGGAGAAACGAGCUGUGGUGCGCUGCGUGAGCGAAGGUCUGGCGGCGGGUGCGGUCCGGCCGCUGCCCGCGUGUGUGUACUCCGACCAACAACUGGAGCAGGCCUUCCGGUUCAUGGCCACGGGCAAACACAUCGGCAAGGUGCUUCUGCGAGUGCGCGAGGAGGAGGUUACCGGCGCGCGCCCCACCCCCAGGCUCGUCUCGGCCAUACCUCGCACCUACAUGCAUCCCGCGAAAAGCUACGUCCUUGUCGGUGGUCUCGGCGGCUUCGGCCUCGAGCUGGGUCAGUGGUUAGUUACUCGCGGGGCUACCGCCCUGGUGUUCAACUCACGUAGCGGGGUUCGCACGGGCUACCAGUCGUGGUGUGUUCGACGUUGGCGUGAGAAGGGCGUCAGAGUGGUCGUUUCCACCGCGGACACCAGCACGGCGGCAGGCGCUCGGGCGUUGCUGAAGGAAGCGGCUGCCGUGGCGCCUGUAGGCGGCGUUUUCAAUCUAGCUGCUGUGUUAAGAGACGCUUUUCUAGAAAACCUCACACCCGACGACUUCAGAGCCGUCGCUAGACCGAAGAUUGAUAGUACGUUGACCUUGGAUGCGGCAACACGUGAGCUGUCCCCAGAGCUCGAUUACUUCGUAGUUUUUUCGUCCGUAUCGUGCGGUCGCGGGAACCCCGGUCAGAGCAACUACGGACUUGCGAACUCCGCCAUGGAGCGCAUCGUGGAGCAGCGACAGGCCGACGGGCUGCCGGGGCUGGCUGUGCAAUGGGGAGCCAUCGGCGAGGUGGGCCUGAUCAUGGAAAUGGGCGGCGACGAGGUAGUGGUCGGCGGGACGCUGCCGCAGCGUAUCGCGUCAUGUAUGGAGGCUCUGGGCGCUCUGCUGGCUCUGCCUCACGCCGUGGCCACGUCCAUGGUGCUGGCCGACAAGCGACGCUCCGCCGCGGCCCCGCAAGCGGACCUCGCGCAUGCGGUUGCCAACAUUCUCGGAAUCAAGGAUCCCAGUAAAGUAUCAGAUUCCGCUAAUCUGGCGGAACUGGGUAUGGAUUCGUUGAUGGGCGCCGAGAUCAAACAGACAUUGGAACGCGGGUAUGAUGUAGUUCUGGGAGUGCAGGAAAUCCGCGGAUUAACAUUUGCGAAGUUGCGCGAGCUCGGCGGAGGCGCAGAGGCUGCAGAGGUCGCCGGAACUCCCGCGGCGGCGACACAGGACGUCGAACCUUCGGCUGGAGAACUGGUGCAAUUCGGGACGGCCGGCGAGCUCAUGCCAAAGCAAGUCGUCGUUAAGAUGCCGAGCGCUGCGCCGGCGGACGCGACGGUGCUCCCGGUGUUUAUGGUUCAUCCCAUAGAGGGUGUGGUGGAGAUGUUGCGUGGGCUGGCCGCCGGAGUGCGCGCGCCCGUGUUCGGUCUCCAGUGCACGGCGGCCGCUCCUCUCACUGAUAUGGCGUCGCUGGCGCGUUUCUACGUCACGCACGUGCGCGCUCUUCAACCGCGGCCACCGUACACGCUGCUAGGCUACUCGUUCGGAGCCGGUGUCGCCUUCGAAAUGGCGUUGCAGCUAGAGCAGGCCGGCUGCGAGACGAGAUUGAUCUUGGUAGACGGUUCUCCGGCAUACGUCGCGACACACACGACACGUGGAAAGAAAAAACGUGCGACAAGAACCUCUCACACGGACGAAGCCGAUGCGCUCGCAUACUUUGUGCAACUCUUUAACGACGUGGACGCAGCCAAGCUGUCGUCCGAACUGGAGCGUCUGGGCAGCUGGGAGGAGCGUCUGCAGCGCGUCACCUCGCUGGUGACGGGCUCGGCGGGAAUGGACGCGGACUCGCUCGCCGCCGCCGCUUCGUCCUUCUAUCGGAAGCUGGUGGUGGGCGACUCGUACCGCCCCAGCGGCAAGUUGAGUGCGCCCGUCACGCUGUUCACGGCCUCCGACAACUACGUGAAACUGUCCGACGACUACGGGCUGGGCGAAGUGUGCUCCGGGCCGCUCGCCACGCGCCGCCUGCCGGGCACGCACCGCUCUAUACUGGCGGGAACCGCCGCGAAGGACAUCGCCGACCAUCUCUCUCGGACGCUGGCUCAGUGACCGCCUCGUCGUAGUCCACUAAUAAGUUAACGAAUACAUCGAGCGCCGACGGUCCGCCCUGGCUGCCCGCGGGCGGGCGGUCGUCGCUCGAUCAUCUCAUGCGUCGCGUUCAUCAGCCGGGACCCGCACUACACUCGCCUCCCAGCACUCCUCGCGAGUGCGGACCGGCGCGACUUAUUCACAUAAUGUUGUUUGUACAUGACUAUAUUAUAGUAUGUUGCGACUUUGCACGUUCUCUCCGAACACCUUCGGGUAUCCUCGACGAAAUGUACAUACGUUUAUGUAUAGGGUAUAUUGACUACGUCGAUUCUAUCACACAAUGGAUAUAUAUAUUUAUAUAUAUGUAUGAUAGUUGUAAGUGAAAUGGCCUCUCUAUUCUAACUCUGUUGGGUGUAUAGUAGGAUUUGUAAUUAUAAGAUAAACUAGAGCUUGGCUCGCUACUUGUGAUACGACAUAUUCCAGUCUCGAGCGCGGACCCGCGGGGUCGAGGGCGCGCUUGGCGACCUUUCGACCUUAGAUAUAAGUAGAUGUAAGAGGUUAGUUACAGUGUGUGGCUGUUGUGGUUCAUUAUUUAUUUAUAUUACAAAAAUAGCGCAAUUGCUUUGUGAUUAAAAAUACAUUAUUUUUUA